GAUGGCCAGGCAUGUUUUUGCGGUAUCAACACAUAGCGGAUGACGGUGUCAUUGAAGACUAGCCUUGCGCUGAGUUUGUGUUAUCAUUCACAGAAGUGCCUGACUUACCUACUUCUUGUUGAGUUGGUCCAGUGGUUGAACAGUUGUAGGGGAUAAUUGAGUUGUAUUUCCAGUGAGCGAAAUCUCAGGACAAUGAGUCAGGACGAGAACAAGAGCUACAUCGAAUAUGUCAAGAUUCCACCAGAACUUGCACCAACCAUGUUGUCUGAUAUGGAUGAGAUUCCGGUUGUAAGGUUCGGAGAAGUGACGCUGGAAGUGGAAUUACAAGAUUUGAAACCAGAAGCCCAAGAAAUUGCUAGAAAAGAGCUCAGGGAAACACCGGACGUCUCAAGAGAAGCUGUGAAGGAGCUUCGUGAUUUAUUGAAAGAGGAAAAAGACUUAUUUGUGCCACUCGAUAACGAUGCCUGGCUCAUCCGAUUUUUACGGCCUUGCAAAUUCUAUCCCGAGAGUGCUAGAGAUCUGAUCAAGAGGUACUACAGCUUCAAAGUGAAGCAUGCUGAUAUGUAUGAUGGAUUGAUGCCUAGUAAAGAAACCAACAUUUUCAAAGCCAAUAUUCUCACAGUCUUACCAAACAGAGAUCAAUGUGGAAGAAGAAUCUUAGUUAUUGAAUUAGGAAAAAAAUGGGAUACUAGUAAAGUAUCGCUCGAUGAAGUAUUCAAGGGCUGUGUAUUAUUCUUGGAACUUGCUAUGCUAGAACCUGAAUCCCAAGUAGCUGGAGCUGUAGUUAUCUUUGACAUGGAUGGCCUUAGCUUAGCACAAACAACCAAAUUCACACCAUCCUUCGCUAAACGUAUCGUUGAUUGGCUACAGGACAGUGUACCUCUGAGGGUCAAAAACAUCCACAUCGUCAAUCAACCUUACAUCUUCAAGAUGGUCUUCGCACUUUUCAAACCUUUCUUGAGGGAAAAAUUGCGGGGCAGAAUUAUCUUCCAUGGAACUGAUAGAAAAUCUCUUCAUAAAUAUAUGGAUCCAUCCACCUUACCCCUGUGCUACGGUGGUACCAGAGAUUUACCAAGAGUAACAGGAGACCAAUGGUUACAGCUCCUCGUCAAAUGUGAUAAAGAAUAUGCUGCAAUUAACUCCUACGGUUACAACAAGAAACAAGAGAAGUGAAGAAAUUUUUUCAGUCAUUCAAAUAUAUUUUAUAGUUUAAAAAUAGUGUGGUGAUGUAAUUGUUAUUUAUUCUAUUUCUUUUCAUAGUUUUAUGUCUUUUGUAAAAAUCAUAUAUUUCGAACAAUAAGUUUAUUGUUUAUAAUAUAAGAGAUGAAUUUCUUAAA